AUGGCUCCCGUCACCCAGACAGAAGAGUGCGACUACCUUGUCAUUGGUAUCGGCAGUGGAGGUAUCGCUUCAGCUCGUAGAGCAGCAAAGCAUGGCGCCAAGGUUAUUUCGAUCGAGUCGAAGCGUUACGGCGGUACUUGCGUGAACGUGGGUUGCGUACCCAAGAAGAUCACCUGGAAUGCGGCUGCCAUCGCCGAGACCUUCAAAGAUGCGAGGGCCUAUGGAUUCGGAGGAUACGACACUCCUACCUUCGACUGGCCUACUUUCAAGAAGAAGCGUGAUGCGUACGUCAAAAGGUUGAACGGAAUCUACGAGAACAACUUGAACAAGGAUGAGAUCAAGCACUACAAGGGCCGAGCCAAGUUUGUUGCGAAGGACGAGGUCGAGGUGGCACUGAACGAGGGAGGUACCCAGAGGAUAAAGGGAAAGCACAUCCUCAUUGCAACAGGCGGGCGUCCCAAAGUACCCGACAUUCCCGGAGCCGAGUUCUGCAUCGACAGCGAUGGUUUCUUCGAUCUCGAAACCCAGCCCAAGAGCAUCGCUACCAGCGGUGCAGGGUACAUUGGUGUAGAGAUGUCGGGCAUGAUGCACGCUCUAGGAACGGAGACACAUUUCUUCAUCCGAGGCCAGACGCUCCUGCGUACGUUUGACCCCAUGAUCCAGGAUACGGUAACCAAGGAGUAUGAGCGUCAGGGCGUCCACCUGUACAAGGGUUCGCAAAUUACAAAGGUGGAAGACAUUGGUAAUGGAAUGAAGCGAGUGACCUACCAGGAGACCGAAAGCAAGAAGGAGAGCACUCUCGAAGUCGAAUGCGUCUUGUUCGCCACGGGCCGCUCCCCGGAAGUGGAUGCUCUGCACAUCAAGGAUCUGGGUAUGAAAUUGAACGACAAGAACCACAUCAUGGUCGACGAAUACCAGAACACCAACAUCUCCAACAUCUACGCAAUUGGCGAUGCAUCCGAUAGUGGCUUCGAGCUGACCCCUGUCGCCAUUGCUGCAGGUCGCCGGCUGUCAGACCGUCUCUUUGGAGGCAAGCCUGACGCUCAUCUAUCGUAUGAGAACAUACCCUCUGUGGUGUUCGCUCACCCGGAAAUCGGGUCCAUCGGUCUCACCGAGCCUGCGGCCCGCGAGAAAUAUGGGGAUAAGGUGAAGAUCUAUAAGACGGAAUUCACGGGAAUGUACUACGCGAUGAUGGAGCAGGGGGAGAAGGGCCCAACGGCUUACAAGAUCAUCUGCGUCGGCGAGGAGGAGAAGGUGGUGGGCUUGCACAUCCUGGGCCAGGGUUCUUCAGAGAUCCUGCAGGGCUUCGGUGUGGCGAUCAAGAUGGGUGCCACCAAGAAGGAUUUUGACAACUGCGUGGCUAUCCACCCCGUCUCAGCAGAGGAACUGGUUACCAUGACCUAG